UUAUGUUGUUGUUUCUCCAGGCCCUUAGGGGGCGCAUGUUUGCACAGUUCGCUAGGUUGAGCCAGUGAAUGAGUAGAAGGUGUGUUACAGGAAGUUACUGCCAUGAGUCAGGCAUGAGUAUGGUUUGGAUUUCAUCUGCAUCCAUCCGCUCCUUUCCAUCCCUUUGAGUGGCAAUAUGAUUUCACACUUUUUUGCAUUAAAUCCUGUUCAAAUACAACACACGCCUGUUCCUUGGAGGAAGUGAUGCAGGAAAGAGUUUAGCUGGCUGUGAAUCUCAAUAGAGGACACGGGGUCACAUUGGGUGCAACAGUACAGUGAAAUCAUAACACUCUGCAAGGGACUACGAGCAGACGCUUUACUACUCAACCAUGGAGAAAUCAGAAGCUAAAGGUCGAUAUGAUGAAGAAACAAAGUCAACCCACUCAGGAAAGUCUUCAGGAAAAUUUACUGUUAGAUCAGAAGCAACACGUUCCAGUAGGUCAUCAGCAUCCUCACAAGCCAGCAUGGCGGCAGCACGAGCACAAGCAGAAGCUCAAGCAGCGAAAGCCAGAUUAGCCUACGCUGAACAGGAAAUAACGAUCAAAGUAGAAAAAGCCCGUCUAGAAGCAACUCUUGACAUAAUCAAUCUCCAAAAAGAAGCUGACGCAGCCACGGCUAAAGCUGAGGUAAUGGAGUCAGCAGCAGCUCAGUUUGACACAGCUGAUUCAAAGGAAGAAUUAAGAUUUCUGCCUCUCCAAACUACUUCAGAACAAAAGGUGAGUGAAUACAUAAAUAAACACAGUUACACUGACCUGGCUGGGGACAAUAAAGAGACAUUUCAAGGGGAUUAUGAGACAUACCGGAACGAAAGAUGUAAACAGCCAAUAGUGUAUACACCUUUUGUCCCCAAACAAGAACCAAUGCAAUACCAGUCAGUGCCACAGGAUGGGGCCAGGCAACCAUCAAAAACAGAUCUAAUUCCAAAAACCCUCCACAACAUAUUACAACCACAGCAGGAACAAAGCCCAAAUAAAAAUGCUGACACCACAACAAGUGAUCUUGCCAGAUUUUUUGCCAAAAGUCAACUAGUAACUGGAGGAUUAUCUAAAUUUGAUGACAUGCCAGAAAACUAUCUCAGCUGGAAAGCCACAUUUGAGCAUACCAUCAGGGACCUCAGUCUUACAGCCAGUGAAGAAAUGAAUCUACUCAUUAAAUGGCUAGGCCCAGAGUCUUCUGAACACGCUAAAAGACUAAAAGCAGUUAACAUAAGGAAUCCACCUGCUGGUUUGCACAUGAUAUGGCAGAGACUGGAAGAGUGUUACGGCUCACCAGAAGCAAUUGAAAACUCUCUGUCAGAAUACAAAACUUCCCAAAGCUCUCCAGCAAAGAACCACACAAGCUACGUGACCUGGCAGAUCUAUUGUGUGAACUCCAAGCUGCAAAGCUAG